UACUGCUGCACUCGUUCGUAGUCGGUGUGCCGCUGCUGCAGCCGUCUCGUUCCCGCUCGCUGUACUCAUUGUACUGCAACUCGGCAUAUAUCGGAGUUGGCGCGGCGGCGAUACCAACCGAGCCGCGCCAAGCGGACGCUGCAGGCAGCACUGCGCUCGCUGGCUCUAGCUCUCUGUAUACAAUAUAGCUAUAGCUGCUGUAUAAUGGCACGAUAGCAGACUGGCGGAGCUGCGAGCGCGCGCCAGAGACAAGAGGGCGCAUUAUCGGCGUAUUCGCGACUGCUACGAGCAAGAGAGAUAGAGCGAAAGAGUCGGCCUAGUCUGCCAACCAGUAAUACACAAAGUUUCUGCGUGCGCCAAGAGGUUAUAUAGGCAGGCUCUCUGUCAGGCUGCCUUUGCCGUGUGAGUGCGACUACGUGUGUGUCGUAAGCUCCACAGUGUGCAUGUGUAUACGUGUGCGUGUGUUGUAGCACUGUAGCUGUGAGCUGUAGCGUCAGCAGCAGUGCACACACCCACGUAGCUCCGAUGUCGUCGCGACGACAACGUCGGGCCGCUGCUUCGAUACAGAGCUUCGUCUCCUCGGGAGCACUGGCGGCAGUCGACCCGGGCGCCGUCUUAGUCUGAGUCCACGUAACUGGCUGCUAUACCGUCGGUACAUUUAGGCACAAGGAAGCAAAGUGCGCCCGUGGCCCCUAGGCCGUGCGUGUGCAGCAGAGCCGCCCCCCGUGGCAUGGCAUCGCCGCGCGCGUGACAGUGAGAGAGCGAGACAGAGCAAAACAAACGGCUGCGCCUGGUCGUCUGCAGCAGCAGCGUAUAUAGCAGCAGUGUCAGGUCUGCUGGCGAUCGGUGACGUGCUCGUGCCUCGUAAUAACUCCCUCUCGUCGUCCCCCGCCCGCUGUAUAGCACGAGCUGCUGUCGAGUAUUAUAUAGCUACAAAGUGUACUAAUCGCCACUCGCACAGGCGCCCAGCAGCAGCAGCACAUCUAUUUCUAAUUCUACACAUUAUACUAUCCUUACGUACACAUUGAUAUAGACGCGCGCGCGCGCGAGAACGGAGCAAUGCCAAAGUUCGAAUGAAAGAACGAGCAAAAAGCAGCAGCAGUAGCAGCAGGCGAGCUUGACGCGCGACCGAGCCACGACUCAGUGCCGGUAUCUGUGCACUUGUAACUGCCAGUUGUGCUUCGAGUGUCGAUUACACGUAACACUUACAGUGCUAAUACAUACUUUGGCCUUUCUCUCGCUCACAACAACACCCAUGACAGGUCCAACGUCGUGCUCGCAACUUUGCGGAGCUUCGACCUAGCCGCCGAAUUCGCAGCAGCCCAGUGCCUGUGUAUCUGUGCUUACAGAGUGUCGUGCUUCGAUUUAGUGAAAAAGAGUGCAACCAAGAGAUACAUCGGUCACUUUUUGUACAACGCGUAUGUGUGCGGCUUCGCGUCCAGAUAGAUAGCACAUCAACAAAAAACAUCGCAGCGUAUUAGCAGCUGCAAUCUCGAGCAGUUGGAUAAUCCAGCCUCGCAGCCCGAGCAGUAGCAGCCAACAGAAUCAGUAGCAGCAUGGCGGACGACGAGGUGCUGUUCGACGACGUCUACGAGCUCGGCGAAAUCAUCGGCAAAGGCCCGUUCAGCGUAGUGCGAAAAUGUAUUCAUCGACAAACGGAACAGACAUUCGCUGUGAAGAUUGUUGACGUAGCCAAAUUUACUUCCAGUCCAGGACUCAGCACCGCAGACUUGAAACGCGAGGCAACAAUAUGUCACAUGUUAAAGCACCCUCACAUAGUCGAGUUGCUGGAAACUUACAGUUCCGAGGGCAUGCUGUAUAUGGUUUUCGAGUAUAUGGACGGUUCUGACCUGUGCUUCGAAGUUGUAAGACGUGCCACGGCUGGAUUCGUAUAUAGCGAAGCAGUUGCUAGCCAUUACAUGCGCCAAAUUUUAGAAGCAUUACGUUACUGUCACGAAAACGACAUAAUUCAUCGAGAUUUGAAACCUCAAUGUGCUCUUCUUGCUGGCAAAGAAAAUUCGGCUCCUGUCAAAUUACGCGGCUUUGGAGUGGCUAUUCAACUUCCCACACAACCUAAUGGAGUUGAAGCGUACACAACUGAGUAUCGGCCAUACCUGAGCCCAAAAGGGCAGGUCUACUUGAAGGUUGACAACGAUGGCCGCAUUGGGUGUCCACACUUUAUGGCACCAGAAGUCAUACUCAGAAGGCAGUACGGUAAACCGGGCGAUGUCUGGUCCGCCGGUGUACUCCUUCACGUUUUGCUGACCGGCACGCUACCCUUCGUCGGUUCGGGCGAGCGAUUGCGAGAGUCCAUUUGUCGAGGUCGUGUACAGAUGGAGUCGCCUCAGUGGGAGCCAAUAAGCGAGUCAGCAAAGGAUUUAAUUCAGCGUAUGCUCACCACGGACGUGAAUCACAGGAUCACAAUUCAAGAAGUGCUGAACCAUAAAUGGCUACGGGACCGAGACAAGGGCGUAGCUCGUCUACACUUGGGCGAUACGAUCGAGGAAUUGAAAAAGUUCAACGCAAGGCGAAAAUUAAAGGCUGCCGUGAAGGCGGCCGUCGCAUCGUCCAAAUGGCAAAUUCCAUAUUUAAGGCCGAGCAGUGGUGGCGAUAGCUACUACGAUGCUGCCGAGGAAGAGGUCAUGACCACGGGUGCCAUCAACGAAAUUUUAGACUCGUUAGACGAUAUAGAAGUACUUCAGGAGAGUGGCAGACUAAGUAGGUUGGAAAUUCUUGCAGCCGUCGACGAUAGGAGAUUGCGGAAACUAUUAGAGGUGUACGAUAAAGUAGCGACACGCGUACCAUCACCAUGCCGGGCGCCUCCGACCGAUGCUGUCCAAAGGGCGCAGGAAGUCGAGGAGCUGUUAAAAACUGCCGAAAGAUCCUCUUCAAGAAAUAUUGACCGCGGCGAUCUUCGAGAACUUAAAGAACUACUUAGUCAGCCGCAUUUUAAGGCUCUGUUACAAGCGCAAGACGUAACAGGCCAAGAAGUAUAUGGUGAAGAUGCAAAGCGAGCCACGCCACCACCGAUUUUACCUUUUCUUAAUGGAGGUGAUGAUCUUGAAGACCAGAAUGGCGAUCUUGAACUUGAAAACGUUACCAGAGUUAGGCUCGUGCAAUUCCAAAAAAAUACGGACGAACCUAUGGGGAUAACGUUGAAAAUGAAUGAAGAUGGAAAAUGUAUCGUAGCGAGAAUAAUGCACGGCGGAAUGAUCCACAGGCAAGCUACUUUGCACGUUGGCGAUGAAAUCAGAGAAAUUAAUGGAAUCGCAGUAGCUAACCAGUCAGUCAAUGCCUUACAAAAAAUACUUCGAGAAGCUCGUGGAUCAGUGACAUUCAAGAUAGUUCCAUCUUAUAGGAGCGCGCCACCUCCAUGCGAGGUACAAAUUUUCGUUCGAGCGCAGUUUGAUUACGAUCCAUUAGAGGACGAUCUGAUACCGUGUGCGCAAGCUGGUAUAUCGUUUAGAAUUGGUGAUAUUUUACAAAUCAUUAGUAAGGACGAUCAUCACUGGUGGCAGGCACGCAAGGAUCAGGCUGGCGGAUCGGCUGGGCUCAUACCUUCUCCAGAACUACAAGAAUGGAGAAUCGCCUGCAUGGCAAUGGAAAAAAAUAAACAAGAGCAAGACGCUGAUGGAGAGGGAGGCUGUACGUCUCAUGCCGAAGGAUGUGACGGCUCGACAGUUAACUGUUCGAUUUUCGGUCGAAAAAAGAAGCAAUACAAGGACAAAUAUCUUGCAAAGCAUAAUGCAGUAUUUGAUCAAUUAGAUCUGGUUACGUACGAAGAAGUUGUAAAACUUCCAUACUCUGCCUUUCAACGCAAAACUUUGGUGCUAUUGGGAGCACAUGGUGUCGGGCGGAGACACAUUAAAAAUACGAUAAUUGCUAAGCACCCCGACAAAUAUGCUUAUCCUAUUCCACAUACAACGAGACCACCUCGUAAUGAUGAAGAAAGUGGAAGAAAUUAUUACUUUGUAUCACACGAAGAAAUGAUGGCGGAUAUCGCAGCCAAUGAAUAUCUCGAAUACGGUACUCAUGAGGAUGCCAUGUAUGGCACAAAAAUUGAGACCAUCAGAAAAAUUUUGGAGGAAGGGAGACUAGCUAUUCUCGACAUCGAACCACACUCUUUGAAGGUGUUAAGGACAGCCGAGUUUGCUCCUUACGUUGUAUUCAUCGCUGCUCCGGCACUCCAAAAUCUCGCAGACUACGACGGAAGUCUGGAACGCCUGGCCAAAGAUUCAGAUAUGCUGAGACAAGCCUACGGACACUUCUUUGACUUGACGAUCGUAAAUAACGACAUUGACGAGACGAUUGCCCAGUUGGAGGAUGCCAUCGAACGGUUAUAUACAACACCACAGUGGGUUCCAGUAUCAUGGGUCUACUGACAGAAAACUUCGCCGGUUCACGCGUUCUACUCUUCAGACUGUAAUGGAUCUUCUAGAGGAAAUUAAAUCUGCCAGAAAAAGAAAACUUUUCACGAUAAAUAUAUUUAAUGCGAUGAUAAUAAAAAUCCAAAGUAACAAGCAAGCCGUGAAGUUAUGAUGGAUCGACGGAAAAGUUACUAAACCAUGAUGGGCUACAGUUGAGAAUAGAAGAGAAAAAUAAAAGAGAAUACAACAUAAUAAGAGCAAUCGACAUUAAUAUUACAAACACAAAAGAGAAAAUCUUAUACAUUAUUCUAGAUCAAUCAAAUGCAGUUGCUCGACGAUUGUGAAAUAUGUGGUAAUUACAUGACGAACAAUUUUUGCGUGUGUGAAUGUGGCUGCGUGUUCAUAAACAAAUUAUUUUUGAGUUUUGUUUUAACGUACUUUGCCAAUGAAUUUUGAAUGUGUCUGUGCAAUGCCAAAUAAAUAUAAAGUCAAAGAAAAAAUAAAUAUCCUCAUGGUUUACAUUAUUGUAAUAAUUGGCCAAACCGAGUACGAUUAUGCAUAGUUGAAGGUAAUGAUAUGAAAACCAAAAGUAUCGAAAUGUACAUCAGGUGAAAAGUCACGAAAAAUCUUCCAAUUAACCAAAUCUAACGUUGGAGUCGCAUUAUAUAAUUAAAGUAUAAAGUACAUUAUAGUGAAAACGAUUUUUGGUAAACGCCAAUUUAGUCAAAGCUGUACAUUUCAUCGCGCUUAGUAUAUGAAAAUGAAAAAUUAUUAUUAUAGAGGCAUUUUUGUUCUAAGUGAGAUAUUAAAACAUCGAUCUCUCACAAACGCACACGAGUACAUAAAUAAUCUCGAAAAAUGAUGAAAUAUCAUAAACGAGAAAAUAAGGGUAAAUCUUACUCACGUGAGUGUAAUAUAAGAAAAUAAAUGCACACGAAGGAUCAAAACGAAUUAUUAAAUUACGAUUAUCUACUAUUUCUCGCGUUACAUAUUUUAAAUCUAUUGUAAUCGUGACGCAUAAAUUACUUCCUUGUACUGCAACCAUUACGAAGAGUUAUCGCAAUAAAAGAAAACAAAAAGGAACGUGCUAUCAUUCAUCAAUCUCAACAUGAAAAUUAGAGAAAAAAUAAACGAAAAAUAUAUGAUUACAGAUGAAAUGAGCGAUGGGUAAUCUAUAAUUUUAGAAAUAGUAGAGAAAAUAAUAUUCUAUAUAUUUAAAAAUAGUUCGAAAAAUUUCGUAGCACUUCGAUACAUACUUAUGACUACACAGACAUUAUAACUUGUAAAUUUUUCAGCAAAGUCUUAAUAAUGAGCUUCUGAAUUGUCGCUUUUGUUUUUUGCCAUUAUUGACUUAGCAAGACGAUGAUAACAUUACUUUUAAGUACUUAACUUUGAUCUGUCUAUAGGCAUUUAUUAAUCUUUAAUCAAUUAAAAUAGAUUUUGUAAACCCUUUUUCUUUCACUUUCAAUUUUCUAAUAAUUUUAUAUAAUAUGUAU